AUGACUACACAGGAAUUCAAUUUAUUAAAAUAUCGCAUUUCGAUUCAUGAAUCAUCUCCAUCAUCUAUGCAAAUGCCGAAAGAAAAAUUUAUGAAACCAAUAAAAGAUCCAUCUCUUCGACAAAAUCUACAUGAACAAUUUAUAAAGAUAGCACAACAAGCAAAAAAAGAUAUGAUACAAUUGUCUCUGUCUACUGCUCAAGCUCAAAUGGAUCGGUAUCACACGGAAUUUAACACGAAAUUAGAACAAUUCAAGAUGCAACAGGACACACUACCAAGUGAUGAAAAAUUCAAUAGCACUUUGUUACAUUUAGUUGAAAAACAUUGGAAGGAUAUAAGUGAAGGCGUGAAGUGUUUUUAUAAAUACAAACAUGAUUUACUUCGUUUAGAUGCUCAUCAUAAUUAA